AUGUGCACUUCUAUGUAGAUAAUUUAGUUAAUCGCACUGCAUAUUUCAAUUUUAUGUUAAAAGUAAAUUCAUCAGACGAUUACGGUGCAUGGAAUGUGAAUAUCACGUCCUCCCAAAGAUCUAAAUUGGAAUUUACGAUAUUGAUUCUGCAACAAGGUAAAGUUUUUGUUUACAAUAUUUUUUACAGUGCAUAGUCAUUUAGAAUGUCAAUUUUUUUUAAUAUUUGGCCUUUAGAAUGUCGCCUACGCUUCAAUAAAACGCUUUGUAUUUAUGCUGCAAUAUAAAAAGCAUCUGCGGUAUAUUUUAAUGUUACUAAGUGGACUGAUAUAAGUAAAACAAUGUAGUGUUUGAGACUGUCACGUAAUGUUAUAAGUGUUAGAAUUUAAUCUCGUAUUUUACUCUAUGCCACAUUACAAGCAGGACAUAACAAGGACUAUACCAUAAAUAAAAUACAGUAAUCAAGAAACGAUACCCACAAAGGGUCGUAAUACAAAUAAUCAUUUAUUUAGUUAAAAUUUACUAUAUAAAAUCAAAUAGUAUCAAACUAAAUGCUAUUCACCUACAGUACAGCAAUGAACUGAAUCACGUACAAAGUUAAAAAAAGGUCCACACACAGACUGUAGAUAUUUAAAUUCAAAUCUACGAUCAUUACAGUCUCCUAAUCGCAAACUCUCUCUCUCUCUCUCUCUCUUUGUCGCGUAGUCUCUAUCUAACUCAAUCACAAUCUCCUUAUGUGGAUCGGCUUAUUUAUUGUCUUUAUUUGAGACUUUUCCAGAAAGUGGUUACACAUUGUAUCCCUAUAUAGUUAAGUCUCUUAAUUUCUAAAGAAUUCUAAUUUGAAAGACUAUAGUCUAUAUUUACCUGUACUCAAGGUCAAUGCAAAUAAUGGAUAAUUAAGUUCAAUCAGCAGUUUCAUUUUUUAGCCAAUAGAAAACGUGCUUUUUUAUUGGCUCUGAACUAACACAUGAUGCGGCUUAUGAAACUUAAUAUAUUUAUAUAUGUGUAUGUCUUUUAUGGACGAUGAGAAGCAUAUAAAAAAAGAAAUGUAUAAUAAAUCUUUGAAAAAAACCUGCUUUCCUUUUAUCAAAUUAAUAGGUAAAUUUACUAAAGGUUAGGACACAACUUUUAAUCCAAUUUUGUAUGAGCCGCGAUUCAGUUCUGUAUAGAUGAAGUGGCCCGCCACUCGACACUCUUAAAUAAUGAGAAAAAAAACGCCUUGAACAGUGCGCUCAUUAUAUAUAUCAUCGGAGGGACACCUUAUGGGGCUCUUUUAAGUCCCUGUGGCACUGCUACGUCGAAUUUCGUUGUUAAGCUGGAGGCUAUUCAUUGGGCACUGAAAAGCGUGCACAGUACGCUGCAGAGUCGGGAGCUUGUAGGGAAUUGACGUUGCAAUAUCAUUCUAUUCAAGAUCUGCUCUUAUGAUCUUAAUUAAGGGAGGACGUAACACCGACUUUUUUUGAGGUCAUCUCCAUUCUGAAUAAUUAAACGAUCCAAAAAAUAUCUUGUAAAAGUUGUCCCUCUAAAAUGUAUCGAUUUAAAUUUAGUCAAAUGUGUAGUUUUUAUAUAUACAAUAUUAGAGUUUCCAGUCCCCAAUUGUAUGCAUUCUUAAAAUUAAAGACAUGUCAGUAUUUCAGUCUAAAGCCUGCGAUGAAACUGCUUUUAGAAGUUGUCAAGUUUAUCAUUUAUGAAAUUCUGCCCUCGUUUCUAAUUCGAUAAAUUAAAAUUGCGUGUUAAAAUUAUAUAUACAACAAUAUAGAAAAUUAAGGGUAUGCAUUAAAUUUGUUGCUUCUAUUAGACGAUUCAAAUGGACGCAUGUCUACUUUAAGCUGCAAAGCUUAUAGUGUGAGAAAUAUAAUACGGAUCCCGGCCAAGGAGUGCAUAUUAUUAGUAUAGAAGAACAAUUCUUUCAAUCUGGAUAAUUAGGAAUAAAUGUUCCAUAUUCCGUCCAGAUCAAUUCAAUAAUGCAAUAGGAUUUAUUUCUUGUCAAAAUUACAAUUUAAAAAAGUCACACUUAAAAGGGAAAAAGGAAAUGCUCUUCCUCGGGCAAGCCUGCAGGAAAAUGUUUGACCUGGUGAUAGACAGCACGGUUAGAGGAUACGUGCAAACCAAGAUAUAUAUUAAUUGUACGAAGACCUACACAUAGUCGCCACAAUGAAAAAGCCAGACUUCGCUGAACAGGCCACAUUGAUAGGAAUGUAGAGCAGCAAUAGGGGCUACAGGCGGAAACCUAUGGGCUGACGGUUCACCGAUCAACCAAGACUGAAAUGGAUUGACAACGUAGAGAAGGACUUACAACAGUUGGUUCGGGCAUGGAGGCGGAAAGUCAAGGAUCGAUCCGAAUGAAAAGAUGGGUCUGAGCAGGCCAGGGCCCUCAAGAUUAUAACCUGGCCGAGGUUGGACAAAUAAUUCACAUAGCAAUUGCAAAAUAUGUAUAACAGAGAAUACUUAUACAAAUUAGAAUCUCAUGAUGUUAAUUAUAUUUCAAGUGUAUAAGUAUAAAAACAAACAAAACAAACAAUUCAUGAUGGGUACUUAUCAAUAAAACUAGCUGAAAUACAACGACUUCUCGUAAUUAGAUUUACUUCAGUUUAAUAAAAACAAUCCGUUCAAUAAGGAGACAUAUAUUUUAUGACUGGAUGGAUCUCCUAUCUAAAACGUGUAGAUAUACAUUCUACGUAAUCUUUAAAAACUGUAAACCAUUUAAAACUAUCGUUUCUUGAAAGAUUUUAUGUUAGGGAUUGUCUGGUGAUGCUUUAUGGGGGUUAGCAGAGAGUAAGCCAUAUCCAUCUCCGUCUUUUUUUAUGAUCUGUUCAUCAGUAGAUAUCUGGUAUGUCUUUUCCAGUAGAUAAUUGUUGGUGAGUGUAUUUGGUCAGUUGAUGUUCGUGAUGUUUCUAAGGCAUGUGUUUAUGAAGGUCUAUAUUUUCUCUGCAAUGCUCACUGUUGUUUUCAAAGUUUCUGCUCAAUAUUGUAGAAAUGUUUUGUCAUGUGUGUUAAGGAUUCUGACUUUCCUUGCAGAUUCGGCUCCUUCGACUCCCAUAUUAUUCUUUAAUAGCACAAAUGCUGAUCUAGCCUGUCCAAUUAUAUUCCAUAUAUCCGCUUUGGAUCUGCCAUUUAUUGCGAUGGAGCUGCUUAAGUAUGUGAAGGACUCCACUUCUUACAAAGCGUUUCCUGCCUGAUGGAUAUGCUCUUGGUUGGCGUGGUUUAGCUUCAUUAGUUUUGUCUUACUUUUAUUUUUCUAAGCUGUGCUGAGAUGAUGACCAUGCCUUUCGUCUUUCCUGCAUUUGAUGCUGGCUGUUGCACAGAAGUGCAAUGUCUUCUGCAAAGUCUAGGUCAUCAUUUAUUCACAGAGUUUCCACUUUAUCAAGUUCCUCGUUUUGUCUGUGGAUUUUUUCAUUAUCCAGUCAAUGGCGAGGAAGAAUAGAAUUCGUGACAAGAGACAUCCUUGCCUGAAUCCUGUUUCCACUUUAAAGUCAUCUGUGAGGCUACAUUUGUGUACAACACUGCAUGUAUUUCAUUAUAAGAACUCCGAAUGAUCCUGACAAUUUUUUUCUGGUACUCCAUAAAGCCACAAGUUUAGACGGUCCAGGCUAUCAAAUGCCUUUUGGUAGUCUUUAAAAUGUGUAUAUAGGAGGGAGUUCCAUUCGAUAGAACAGUUGCAACAAUGAUUUGUAGUGUUGCAAUUUGAUAUGUUUGUUUAAUUGAUUGAAUACUUAUAUUGCGUUUGUAUCCAUGGUAUUUUAGCAUUCUCACAGCGCUCUUAGUGAUUGCAUCAGGGGCGUCGCUGGGUUUUUCGGAAUGAUUCAUGGUUUCGAUUUUUGCCGCCAAUAGAAGACGCCAUCUCGGGUUUGAAUUCAGAGUUUCCUUCUCGUAGAUGAUUUUUUCAUCCAAGGUUAACGAGUCCCAUCCACCCGGGGUGCUGGUGAGGUUUUGUGUGUGGCUUUGUUAUGGAUUGAACUCCAGACCAUGAACUUUUUAUUGUAUCAGUUUAGACCAAUCGGCGACACAGCACGUCAAGAUCUGUGCGUGAUCUGUUUUGGUGGAAGCCAGCCUGUUGAUCUCAUGGUUGAAUGUGUUGCCCUGAGCAGAUCGCCCGCUCAUCGAACUUCCACCAUACUAUCCUUACUGGAACCAAGCAACCUCCCUCCAUAAAGUGAUAUCUCUCAUGUAAAAUUUAAAACAGUUAAAAUCAACUUGACCAACUCCGACCUAUUUAUUAAUCAGGAUAAUAAAGUAUAAGACAUAUAUUAUAUUAUUUUUUAAUUCAGUAAAAGGUAUAGGCCGACUGAAUUUUGAUUGAGUUUUCGGCGGGGAACGUUGCCAUAUGAUAAUUGUUGACGUAAUAUCGGUUUCUGUCGAAAUAGAAAAGUUAAACUCGGUUUAUUUUUGGUUUUCGCUGAUAGUGAUAUAGGCUGUCCGUAGUCCAUCAGAAAUCAGUAGCAUCUGUCAGAAGCAAUCCUAUGUUUAUUAUUGCUCGACGCCUUGUCGUCAUGACUUAGGUCUAUGACUAAUCCUCUUCGCACACUCCUCACAGUAUCACAAUAGCAUACUUUCCCAAUAUAUCCCAUAAUGAUAUUACCAAAUAUACUUAGGCAAAUGUAACUAGCAUUGAGAAAACAAAAGAAGGGAAUGUUGAUAUUUCAAAUCAUAUUUCUGUUUUAAUUUUUUUUUAAAGGAAAUUUGGCAACCUAUGUUUACUCAAUUCAUUCAUUUGUGACAUAAAAACUGAUUUAUCUUUACCAAUUUCAAACAUAAACAAAUAUUUAGGUUCGAACAACAUUUAAUAAGAUUAUAAUAUUCAUAUUAAUAUUUUUUUUUUUUUUUGAAAAUUAAAAGAAAUAAUAAUUUGCAACCCUAGGUUUAUUAAAUUUAUUCUUUCAUUGACAAGCAUCAUUGUCAUGCUUAUGUGACAUAAAAACUGAUUUAUCUUUACCAAUUUCAAACAUAAACAAAUAUUUAGGUUCGAACAACAUUUAAUAAGAUUAUAAUAUUCAUAUUAAUAUUUUUUUUUUUUUUUUGAAAAUUAAAAGACAUAAUAAUUUGCAACCCUAGGUUUAUUAAAUUUAUUCUUUCAUUGACAAGCGUCAUUGUCAUGCUUAUACUUUUUGUCAUUGACGAGGAAAUAAAAUAUUAAAUAAAAUGGACCAACUUAAUGAAAGAAAAUAAUUAAUUUUUAGUUAUAUUAAAAAAAUACAAUUCUUGAUUUUGAUUUUGUUUAAUUAGUCAUAAAUUAGAAUUUAAAUUAAAUCAUUGGCCUACACAUACGUUCGCUUGAAUCAAGGUUUUCUUUAACAUUGAUGGAGUAGGCCUACUGCAUUUGUAUUGGCUAAAAUUAGAUAACACUAUUUAUUUGAGUAUGUUUUAUAAUAUUUUAUUCAACUUUUCUUCUCAAAGCAAGAGGCUACAAUCAACUUAUUCACUUUUGUAUUUCGUAAAUAACUAAUUGAAAACGGUCUGUGCUAACUGAGAGAAGUGAUUCGGAUAACGGUAGAAAACGUGUGUUGCAUGGUGGUACACUUUUGUUAAAAAAUACUUAGUUAUAAAGCUUUCGGGUUUUAAGAUCGGCCGAAAGUCUCGUUAAGAUUUUGGUUUCCGCUUUAGUUUCAGGCUAAAUGUUCGGCUAGGCGAAACCUGAAAAUUACAUUCUUGCAUUCUCAGCUUAACUUAAAGUAUUAGAAACGACACGUGUUUAUAUUGCUAAUAUAUAUAUAUGAACAAUGGAAAUUGUUGCCGAAUGCAGAAAGAAAAUUGCGACUAACACUCACCUAUAAUCGGGAUAGUGAAGAGUGUUCAAUGCUCAGAAACCAAGAGAUACGGCAUUAUUCAACAAUCUGGAUAUUUCACUUUAUAUAUUUAAUAUUUUCUUUUAGAAAAUUUAAAAAAAAAAAAAAAGAAUUAUUGUUUAGCUCCAGUAAAUUUUUAUUCUAUAAGUUACAAACCAGCAAAGUAACACACAUUGUGUUUUCUAUAUGUAGUUAUAUGUGUAUAAGAAAAGAGUAGUAUGACGUAUCAUUCUUUUCUGUGUCAUGUUAUUAUUUAUUUAUAUAUUUUUUUUUCAAUUUCAGCUGAAUCAGAGCUCAACUUUUCUUUCAAGAAGAACAAACAAGACAAUGAAAUAGAUUUUUUUCUAAUGUGUGAAGGAACCAAUUAUCCCAAACACAUAGAAAUAAGUCUUUUAAAUGAACAAACACUUGUGAAAAAUGUAAACAGUCUUCAAAACUACAAGAAAAACUUUCACGUAGAAACGAACGUUUUGAAUUACGUACAAUGCAGCUCUUUUAACUCAUAUAUAUGUUCCAUGACUGAUUAUAAAAACAAAACAAUUUCUAAAACUUUGGAUGUUUCUGACGAUCACUGUAAGUUGUCAAGUCAAAGUUUCAUAUAAUAGCUGAUUCUUAUUACUUUUUUUUAAAAAGUAGUCUUUUUUUUUUUUUAAAUUUUAGUUUUUUUCUUUUUUUUUUUUUUUUUUUUUAAAAAGUUGUUUUUUUUUUUUUUUAAAUAUUAGUAUAUUGCUAUUUUUUUCUUUUUUUUUUUACCUAUACAUAUACAUAUCCAUGCAUCAUAUUACUCAAAUAUAAAUCAAUGGAUACAUUUAUUGCAGGUGAUCCAAAACUUUGUGGUGGAAACAGUUCAGUUUUAUUUUUAAACGAAAAUUCUACUGCAAGACUUAAAGUGUGUCUUGUACAUAACUACAAUCACGUUAACGUGACUAUAUAUGACCAGAAGACUGGUAAUGAGGUCAAAGACCCACGCUGGUCACAUGUCUACACACCAAGAACUAAAUUGGUUGGCGAUGUUGAGCUAACUCUACUGAAAGCGAAGGAAGAGGAUUUUAAAAUGUAUCUGGUUGUAUUGAUAUUUACACCAGAAAAAAACCUAACACUCUCUUUAAAUAUCACAUUGAAAGGUGAGUUGCAAAUACGUAACAUUAGUUUAGUUUCUGUUAAUUCAUUUUAUGGUGUUCAGUGUUACUUUUAUAGAAAAAAGAUUUAGCUAUAUUGAAUGCUAUAAACAUAAUUCAUAUCAUUAAAUGUAUAAUAGAGGGGAAGAAGUCGGUUAUUUUGAGAGUUGCUUUAUUUCGAUUUCAAAGAUGAAAAAAAAAAAAUGGAACAUAUUUUUUUUAUGACCUUUAGGAGAACAUGCACAAAAAGUAACAGCAUUGAAAUAAAGACACCACCAAUUCCUUGUCGUAAUCUAUAAUUGUUUCCUCUUAUAGAAACUAACAUAUCCAAUAUUACCCUGUUUAUUCAUCACGGUUUAUUUAACGUAAAUGUUUAUAGUAUUCAACGUCGAACUCUAGACAUUGUUUAUACCGCUCACCCACAUUUUCAAACAUAUCAUUGGACAAUGGUUGCUAGCGGCACCUGUAAAGGAGUCUAUUUCUUCGCAUAACAUACGCAGAGUUCUUGGCGAAACUUCACAUUUGAAAACACAUUCCCUUAACAUUCGCCACAAAGAGGCCUCUCGUGGCGUAUUACGGGGAAGUGAAAGUGGUAUGGAAAGUUGAUUCCACGCGAAGUUAUUUGUCGCGAAAAGAUUUUCUACAGCAUAGUGAUAGAUUCUCGCGCAAUAUGGCUGUUUGCAUCGUUGUGUUAAUACCUCAGUCAAUUAUCCUACACAAUUACAGUUUCUAACAAUUUAAGUCUAGCUAUCUAUUCGAUUAGACAAAUAAAAUUAACAUUUCUAAAUAAUCUAAACUACAAACUAUCUUUUGCAAUUAAAUAUUAUCCAAUUUAUAUUUUUAGAAUUUUUUAAUGACAACUUUUUUAUUGCUGCAAUUUUUUCUGUUGUGUUUUGCCUAACUGAAACGAGUAAAUAAAAGAAAAAAUAAAUCUAUCCUUUUAAAAUAUGUUAUUAGGUAAUUUAUUUCAUAUAGAUUUAUUUUUUUCUCUCCAAUCAGUGCAUGUAAUAUAUUACCAUUGACUUAGAUUUUGGGGGACAAAAGCAUUAGAAGAUGGUAAAUAAUUUUCUCAUUUCAAUCAUAUUUGUAAGGAAACACGCAAUCGUUUUCAAUCAGUAUUUUUAAAAAUAUCAAUCUCCAUUCAUUUGUGAAUAAUUAAAUAUAUAACAUGAUGGGUAUUAGGUAGCUACUCUUUUUAUGGUAUCCCAUUAGUUUAGAUACAUACAAAAAUAACCAAAAAUCCCAUGAAUUGCAAAGUAUUAGGGGCACACCACAUCGUUACACAUGUAACGUGAAGAUGUUCCCGGACAAUAACAUCUAGUCGAUCAAAACCAAGGUACCCAGUUAAUUGGCGAUUGAUUUAGCAGUCUGACAUUAUAGCACAAUAAGUAUAUAAUUAAAAGGUGAAAGUAUAUUCUGUUACAUUAUAUAUGUUUACUCUUUAAAAAGUUAUUUGAAAAAUCUUUUACCUGAUUAAAUUGUAUUUUAAAAUGAUUCGGCGUUCAGGACUUCGUAUUAUCGUAAAAUAUUUCAAAUUAUAAAAUGAACUACAUCCACGGUUCACUCACCAAUGGUGUUGUUUGUUUAUUGGUGUUGUAGUGUCAUUAGUUUCCUUAUUUCUUAAAUGGAAAAAAUAAAAGAUGUAAUCAAGUACAAUAUGUGGAAUACUAAUUUUGAGAAAAAAAUGUACUUCUUGACAAUUGGUAUCAUUAAUCCAUAUUAAUAUAACUACAUAGGUUUAGCAUGAACAAAUCGUUAAAUAUUGAACAUAUAAGCUACAUUUAUGUUUAUGAAACAGAUAAAUGCCAAACAGAGCCGCCACAACACUUUUGAAAGCCUCUUGCACAUUUUCAAUUUUCUUCUUUUAAUUAUUUAAAUCAAUUUAAGAUACUUCCCAUUACAUCUUCAAAAUACAAUAAAUUCGGGAGCUAAUAUAAAUUUAUAUUGUAAAAAAAAGAAACAUUUGUUUCUUUAAGCGAUAAUUUAUUGAACAUUUUCAGCCCCGUAUUGCUUUUCUAUUUUUCUAUGGAUGUCUUUUUGACCCACUUUCUGUCAUCCUAUUAAACUGAAAAGUGGCGAACCUAACAACCCAUUACAUAAAAUUAUAAGUCUCAACCCCCCAAAAAUCUGUUUUUUUCUGUUUUUCAAGGGAAAUGUUCAAUGGUUGCGUCUUUGUGUGUGUGAAGAAUAAUUGUAUAGCUGUCGCUAUUUGCUUUGUGUUAUGGAGUAAUUUCAAAAGAAGUAAAAAUUAAAAUCGUUUUUGAAGGGAAAAAGUAAGGAACGGUUAAGCUUGUUUUCGCCACAUGUUUAACAAUUUACAUAACCACUCCUUAAUGAAUGAUAAAGCACGUACAACUCCAAAAAUUAAAAAGAAAAAAAAAACAAAUUAGACGAAAACUUUUUUUGUCAUGUGUUGUUUAAUUUUUUUUUUUUUAAAUAUCACUAAAUAUUCAAGGCUACUUUAAAAGGAACCCAGUGAAUAUUUUUUAAUUAUUUUAUUUAUUUAUUAUAGUACUAGCACACGUUCAUAAAAUUACAUAGAUUAAUUAUUUAGCUUCAUUAUAUAUCUAUAUAUAUUGAUACAUGAAUUCUUUUUUUUAAAUGUAAAUUUCAGACCGCCCUAAACUUGCCACUGCAGCUUGGAUGCCUAAAGACUUCUGUAACGAACUUUCUCCACGACCAUUUUUUCGAACAGUAACAUCAGGUUUACAAUUAAGACCAGACAAUCUAACAAACAAUGAAACACAGAUCUCAAUAAUACACAAAUAUGGCAGUCUAGAAUAUUAUAUCAAGAUAAUGUUUAUCAACUGUACACAGUACAUCAACAAAAGUUAUGAAGUAAACGUUACAGCUGGUUCCGUUACAUACCUUCCAAUACGUUUAGACAUUGUGGACCAACCAGGCAAGUACACGCAAAUAGUUAUUUCAUCUUUGUUUUUUGCUAUCUAACUAAUCAUUUACAUUUAAAAAUAAUAAACUGACAUAUGCAUUGUAGUUUGCGAAAAGAAAAACAAUCCUUAUCGAUGAUUCCUAGGAUUAUAACGUGUAUAUACAUUUGACCGAGAUUUCUCACAAUUUUUGUUACGUCACCUUUUUGUAACAUUUGUCCAUCUGUGGGGACCCACAUCAAGGAUUAUUCCCUUAAGUUCAUAAAUGUUUUUUUUUUUUUUGUAGAUACUAGAGGGGUUAAAGUUAACUGUAAUUUAUGUAUUGUAUUCACAGGGCAGUGAGCAUAAGAAAUUAAACGUAUCCCUAUAAAAAAAAAAUGAAUCUUUAAAAUAAAAGGGGGUACAAAUUAGAUAAAAUUCAAAAAUUAAAAUAUAUAUUUUUUAAAUGGGGACCCACAUCAAGGAUUAUUCCCUUAAGUUCAUAAAUUUUUUUUUUUUUUUUGUAGAUACUAGAGGGGUUAAAGUUAACUGUAAUUUAUGUAUUGUAUUCACAGGGCAGUGAGCAUAAGAAAUUAAACGUAUCCCUAUAAAAAAAAAAUGUAUCUCUAAAAUGUAAGGUGGUACAAAUUAGAUAACAUUCAACAAUUAAAAUAUAUAUUUUUUAAAAUUACAUUCAAAGUGAACAAACUACAUUGGUUCAGAAUAACUACUUUAGACAGUGUUAAGUAGUUUUAAUAAUAUAAUUUAACGUGAGUUGCUUCUAUAAACUGAACAAUUUUCAGUUACUUUAAACAAAGUCAAUAAUUUAUGUUGGUAUUUAUUUAUUUUAAAUGUAUUUUUACUCUCCACAGUUAUUAAUGACAGUCUCUGCAACGUCUCUCUGGAUGGAUCUGAAUACUUUGUUCACUUAGGACAAUCUUUUGAAACAGAAAUAUGUGUAAACAGUAGUCAUAUCCUACAACGUGAUAACAUUGGACUUAAUGGUGUUCCAAUGGCUAAUUUAAACAAUGUUGGCAAAUAUACUGUGCAAUUAAACAACAAAACGUCCAAUCAGAAUAUUGUUUUGCGCUUUAAUAGUAUCACUCAUGAUGGUGUCAAAAUGUACGUUGUUAAAAUCAAG